AUGUCUUUCGAUCCGAGAGCAAAGAGAAGAAAAACAGGCGAAGACAGCCAUGUCGAAUCCGCCUUGCCCUAUUCCAAGUUCGAGGCGGUUGAGGGUGGCCGUAGCUGGACCGUCUCAGUCGCAAUUCCCAGCAGUAUCAUGGCAGAUGCUCUGAAUGCUGAGCGUCGUACUGCCGUCGCAGGUCGCAUCGCUCGUGCCCUUGCUGUCUUUGGCAUCGACGAGAUCGUCAUCUUCGACGACAGCCCCGUCGAAUCCCGCCCCAAGCGCGUUGACCACAAGAGUUACACCGGCGAUGUCGAUCCUUGUCACUUCCUGGAGCACCUUCUCGGUUAUCUCGAAGUCCCUCCCUUCAUGCGCAAGAUGCUCUUCCCCCUUCACCCGAACUUGCGCCUCGCUGGCCAGCUGCCGUCGCUCGACAUGCCGCACCACCCGAACCCGCAGGACUGGUUGCCCUACCGCGAGGGUGUCGCCGGCAAGGGAACCCCCAAGGGUACCGUGAUCGACCUUGGUCUCAAGGACCCUGUUGUUAUCGAGGACGAGAUCCCGCCCAACACGCGCGUGACGCUGCAUUACCCGGACUACAACUCCGAUGAGGUUGAGGCGUGCGACCCGGCGGCGCCCAGGGAAGAGGGAGGAUACUACUGGGGAUACAGCGUACGACGGGCGGACUCGCUUUCGGCCAUGUUCACCGAGUGCAAGUACGAGGGCGGUUACGACAUCAGCAUCGGCACGUCGGAGCGCGGACGCACGCUGUCGCAGUCAUUCCCGAGCACAGCGCCACUGGAUUUCAAGCACUUGCUGAUCGUGUUCGGCGGGCCGAGAGGUAUCGAGUAUGCGGCGGUGAACGACAAGGAGCUCGAGGGCAUGGAGAUGUCUGCGGGACGGACGAAGGAGCUGUUCGACCACUGGGUUAACGUCCUGCCGGGACAGAGCAGCCGGAACAUCAGGACCGACGAGGCAAUCUGGAUCGGGUUGACGAAUCUGAGGAGGCUUUGGUAUGAGUACUGA